CGAAAUGCGUAUAUGAUGCUCACAACAAGCCCCUUUACUCCCUCUCCUCGUCCCUGUUCUCUUCUUUAAACGUAGGGUUCAAGGCCAAUCAACCCAAUAUGGAUUCCAUCACAGAUUCAAGUAGUAACCUGACGUUACAAGACCUCCAAACUCUCCGUAUCCGCCUCAUAGCCAUCGCCAAAGAAGCCGGCACCAUCAUCCUCUCCGCCAACCCAACGCCCCUCACAACCUCUUCCAAGAAAAACACCGCCGACAUCGUCACCCAGACAGACAAAGCAGUCGAAUCCCUCAUCCGCACAAACCUCGCCUCCCACUACCCUUCCUUCGCCUUCAUUGGCGAAGAGACGUACCACCCCGGCCAGACCAUCACCAACGACCCAACCUUCAUCGUCGACCCCAUCGACGGCACAUCCAACUUCGUCCACGGCUUUCCAGAAGUCGCCGUCUCCAUCGCCCUCGUCGUGGACAAAGUUCCCGCGGUGGGCGUCGUCUACAAUCCCUUCCGCGACGAGCUCUGGUCCGCCAUCAAAGGCCACGGCGCAUAUCACACCACACAAGCCAGCAACAUCAUCAACCACACCACUACCAACAACAAUGACAUCUCUAGCUUUGAGAAUACAAAGCAGCUCUCCCCCAAAUCCCCCCUCUUAGGCCUCUCCCCCGCCUGCAUAGCCAUCGAAUUCGGCUCAGACCGGCAAGGCCCCAACUUUGCCCUCAACCUGCAAGUCUUCACCGCCCUCCUCCGCACCCCCCAUGACGGCGGCCGCUUCGUAAACUCCCUGCGCUGCUCCGGCUCCGCCGCCAUCGCAAUCUGCCGCGUCGCCGCCGGCCAGCAGGACGCCUUCUGGGAGUGCGGCUCCUGGGCCUGGGACGUCGCCGCCGCUUGGUGCGUCCUCGUCGAGGCUGGCGGUGUCAUGGUUGAUGGGCAUCCCGGGGGGUGGGAUCCUCCUGUUGACAAUCGGAGGUAUCUCGCUGUGAGGCCGGCGACGGCAGGGCAGAAGGAGUUUGUGGAGGAGUUUUGGGACGUGAUUGGCGAUGACCGCUCGACGUAUGGGCCUCCUUGAUGGCUGCGUUCUACUUUCAUAGUUGGGGUAGUCCGUCAUGUGCAAGUAUUCAAGUAGAUAUAUAAUAUUGUCAUAUAUUUCAGUCCUAGUCUUUAUAUCAUCCAUCAUAAAAGGAGCGUGUUCAUUCAUCCUUGUGAUCCGUUAACCCCCUUUAUCCAAAAAUCCAAUGCCCUUCAUUAAGCAGUCUAUAGGAUAUCAUCCAAACAAGACAUGC